GCUGCAGCAGGAUGGAAAAAUCCUCCGGAUACCUGAGACCCUCGCUUUGCAUCUGCCUCCAUCUGGGGUUUGCAGAAGAACCUUGCCCACUCCUCCUCAUGACUAACGAGUGUAUAUAGUAAACUCUUUGAAAUGUGAGUAUUAUGGGAAGGAUCGCAGUUGCUUUAAAUUAUAGAAGUUGGCAAGUGCCUGGGAGAAGGAGUGGGAGGCUGCUUAAACUGAGAAAGACGGUCGCAGAACUUCUUCCGACAGCAUGAGCUCCGAGCUUCACACAUCCUCUACUUUUCACCAACAUACUUCUCUGCAUCGUUGCGGAGCAGCUUCAGUAGUAAACACGUUUCUGCUCUGAGUACUUUUUAAUGCUUUCUAAAUUCAUGGGAGAACCAAGGCAAAGAAGUCUCAUGUUUGGGGGAGAAGUCUGAACCCAGCAAUGCCCAGGAAAGAGCCCAAGAUGAUUGUCCUGCUCUACGUGACAAGUCUUGCCAUCUGUGCAAGUGGACAACCUCGGGGCAAUCAGGCCAAGGGAGAGAGCUACUCUCCAAGGUACAUCUGCAGCAUUCCUGGCUUACCUGGGCCCCCAGGCCCUCCUGGAGCAAAUGGCUCCCCUGGGCCCCAUGGUCGAAUCGGCCUCCCUGGAAGGGACGGUAGAGAUGGCAGGAAAGGGGAGAAAGGAGAAAAGGGCACCGCAGGUCUAAAAGGUAAGACUGGACCCCUGGGCCUUGCUGGUGAAAAAGGAGACCAAGGAGAGACUGGGAAGAAAGGACCUAUGGGACCAGAGGGUGAGAAAGGAGAAGUCGGCCCAGCUGGGCCUCCUGGCCCAAAGGGAGACCGAGGAGAUCAAGGGGACCCAGGGCUGCCUGGAGUGUGCAGAUGUGGAAGCAUUGUGCUCAAAUCUGCCUUUUCAGUUGGCAUCACAACCAGCUACCCAGAAGAAAGGCUGCCCAUCAUAUUUAACAAGGUCCUCUUCAAUGAGGGGGAACACUACAACCCCGCCACGGGGAAGUUCAUUUGUGCUUUCCCGGGGAUCUAUUACUUUUCUUAUGAUAUCACAUUGGCCAAUAAGCACCUAGCAAUUGGGUUGGUACACAAUGGGCAGUACCGAAUAAGGACCUUUGAUGCCAACACAGGGAACCAUGAUGUGGCUUCAGGGUCCACAGUCAUCUACCUGCAGCCAGAAGAUGAAGUCUGGCUGGAGAUCUUCUUCAAUGACCAAAAUGGCCUCUUCUCAGACCCAGGCUGGGCAGACAGCCUAUUCUCUGGAUUUCUCCUCUACGUUGACACAGAUUACCUGGAUUCUAUAUCAGAAGACGAUGAGCUGUAAUCCGGACUGCAGACCUGAAUGUUGCACCAUGAAUACCACGUGGCUUACACUUUGAUUUGAUCUGGGGUGCUGGAAGGGUGGAGCAAGCAAGAAUAGGAUUCGGGAACUCCUUUUACAGACAGCUCUGGCAGAGUUUAUCAAAGUAAGACAAACCACCAACCAGUUGAAAUCACAACAAAAUGAACAGUAUAAAAUAACCCCAGACGUGAACCCCUCGAAAGUAAUGACGAUAAAUUUUUAAGUAAAUUAAAGAUAAUGUUGACAAAUUUGAAUGUGCUUGGCGAUACAACCAGCUGGUAGUGACACUGCCUCAUUAAAUAUUCAUGGAACUCCAGUUUUGUUUAUUUAGGAUAAUCAUAACAAUAUAGACAAAAAAUCUUUGACAAUUCUCAAGAGUCAAAAAAAGUAAAAGAUGCUAAGAAUUGUCUAACAAAAUAAAAUGGAGUGAUAAAUUU